ACAGCACCAGUUCCUUUUCAACCAACACUGCUCCUACCUCUCAAUCUUUCUCCCUUAUUCUCUUCUCUCAAACAAGAAAGUUGUACUUUCAGAAACAAUGGAGGCAUUGAAGAUGAAGCUUUUCUUUGUUGCCAUGGCCAUGUUGAUCAUGGCUGCCUCAGCUGCAGAUUCACCUGCUCCAAGUCCCACAUCGGAUGCCACCACCAUGUUCGCCCCAACCGCGGUUGCUUCUCUUCUUCUUCUUGCUUUUGGCUUUCUCUUUUGAGUUUCUCCUUUUUUUCUUCUUCAUCAUCAUUCAUAUUCUUAUGCCACCACUUUUUCUCCCAUUGUACUUUUCUUAUGUUUAAUUUGGAUUUCAUGAUGUAAUAUAUACUGUUGUGAUUUUUUUCUUCAUCAAUUGAUUCAUCAUCUUCCUUUCUUUGCUUA